CAUUUUUAGGAAACAUUAUUCCUCAAGUUUUUACCAGUUUUACUUGAGUACUUUUCUUACCCGAGUGACGAUAUUUGUUAAAACAGUGGCGAGUUAAAAAUGGCUCGCUAUGGAACACAAAAUUCGAAGUCACAUCCUUUCUAAAUUCAAAUACGCUCAGAUUCCCGUUUAGAUGUCUUCAGAUGAGGAGGCCAGUGUCCCGGUGUUGCCCAAGGACUCGACAUAUCGGAGCAACUCUCCCUCCUCAGAAUUUCAGGAUGACUACGAGGAGCUCCUCCAAAGCGCCGUGGCGUCGCCAAGACUCGAUGCCGUCUCAGGCGUUCGCCAGGCGGGGAGGGGGGCUUCACAUUUGUCCUCGGAGGAUCACAGUUCACGGAGAAAUUCAAUAGACCCCGCCACUGUUGGAGCGUCACCGCUGACUGCUGAACUCUCACGUUUAAGAAUCUCGCAUGAGAAGAGCGCGCACGCCACUCGCAAGGGUCUGGGGAGCGCAGACAGGUUACACGAUGCAUCUGAUACGGGACGGCCGAACACCCACGGCUUCACCGAGUACACUGAAGUGGAGCUUUUCCUCUCGGAGGAAAACAUUAGCAAGAUGGAAAACAUUCUGGACAACUGGACCCAAAAAUUGAAGACCAACGUGCUGAGGGAGCUGAGGAAGUGGAGGGUGGCCUUCAUCGAGCAACACAGGCGAGAGUUGCAGAAGGAGAGGGAGGCUCAUUCCGCCCAGAAGGAGGCCCUGAAGUCGGAGCUCGACAGCCUCAAGGAGUUGCUGCACACUUACGAGGUUUCCAACAAGAGAAAGGAUCAGAUGGUUAAAAAUCUGAGUGUGGUGUUGGACAGACAUAAACAGAAGCUUGAAAAGAUGAGAGCGUUCACCCAAUGGAGACUUCAGUACAUCGAGGCCAAAGAAGAGGCUCACGCGUCCCAGAUAGCGCAGCAGCACUACAAUCGGCAUCUGAAGAAGAAGGUGUGGUUAGCGUGGCACUCAAUCACCAAGCGGGAGUGGAAGGUCAGGAUGGAGCAGGCGUGCCGCACAAGGGCCGAGGAGGUGUGCACCCGGCUGUCGGAAAACUACGAGGCUCGGAUCCAGACGAUGACGGCGGAACACACCGAGGAGCUGGAGAAGGCGCAGGCCGAGAUCGAGAGACUGCAACUGGAGCAGGAACGCCGGGAAGUGUGUAUGAGGAAAGCUUUGAUGAGGGGCGUGUGCGCCCUCAACAUGGAGACUCUCCACUUGUUUCAAACCGGGGAGGACGCAGCCGAAGACCUCCAGGACUUCGACCCUAAUUCACCUCCUGAUGACGACGCUGACGCCGAUGCGCUGGCCGAAGUCCAACCGCGUCCCUCCCGGAGCCCGUCCCAGUUCGAUCGCCCGAUCUCUCCUCCUACUUUCCACGAAGACGGCAACGGGAUGGGGUUUGUUGCACCAAGGCACACUGAAUUCCCUCCUUCUUCAACUGCACCCACUGCAGCCGGGCACACUGCAGCCAGGCACGCCGCAGCCGCCCGGCACGACGGAGACGUCGGGCACGACGCGGCCGGCGAGCACGCCGCUGCAAGUGGGCACACCGUUGCUGGUCGGCACGCUGACACCGCAGCCGGCGGGCACGCCGCUGCUGGCGGGCACCAUGGAGCCGGUCGGCACGCUGACACCGCAGCCGGCGGGCACCAUGCAGCCGGCGGGCACCAUGGAGCCGGUCGGCACGCUGACCCGACACCCGGCGGGCACCAUGGAGCCGGUCGGCACGCUGACCCGACACCCGGCGGGCACCAUGCAGGCGGUCGGCACGCUGACCCGACACCCGGCGGGCACCAUGCAGGCGGUCGGCACGCUGACCCGACACCCGGCGGGCACCAUGCAGCCGGUCGGCACGCUGACCCGACAGCCGGCGGGCACGCCGCAGCUGGCCGCCACGCUCAUGCCGCGCCCAGCGAGCGCCCUGCAGCUCCUCGGCACGCUGCGGCCGGUCAGCACGUGGACGCUGCAGCCAACGGGCACGGUGCAGCCGGCUGGCACGUUGUAGUCAGCGGGCACACUGCAACUGGUGGGCACACUAAAGCAGGGCAAGUUGCAGCAGUUGGGCAGGCUUCAGCGGCACACAGUUUAUUCUCACACGAGGCGCGACCUGGCUUCCACAAACAGGCCACUGGGGGUGUGGUGACAGCCAGCCAACAAAAAAGUACAAAAAGUUCAACCGCUCACAGCGCCACUCAACAUGUUCCGAAGAGUGUACGCAGCAAUUUAGAGGCCAUGAGUGUGGCCCCACCGAUGAGCUCCACUGCUGUCGACUACCAUCAUCCCAUGACACAGCAAACUCUCGGUCAGGCUACCGCCUCGAAAUUUCCUCGUUCCUCCCAACAGGCUUCCCGCACCGCCGGAGGUUGGACUUUGUCCAGAGCGCACGCCAGCAACUACCCGCCCCCACCGUGGGACGAGCCCGGCCCGUCAACAUGGGCUCCGUGCCCGGUCGCUAGCCCGGUUCACUUUGACCACCCGGAAUCUCCCACCCGCCACGAAGACGACGGCAGGAUGGGCGUUUGGUACACCAACCAAGUCGUCCCGUCCACUUCAGCACCUCACAGCUCGUUCGCACAGUGGAGCAGUUUCCAUAAGCAGGCCUCUGCCCGUACGGUCACAGCCGGCCAACAGAAAGCGACCAAAACUAUCACGGCUCGCAUCACAGCGCAACCGUUUGUGGGUAAGAGCGUUCGCGGCAACCUUCAGGUCCUGGGUGUGGCGCCCCCCAUGGCCUCCAUUGUCAUCGAGCGCCACCAACCCAUUACACAGCAUGCCAUUGGUCAGCUUUCUACCGCCAGGUGUGCGCGCCCCGCCCAACUGGGCCCCCGCACUCCUACAGUUGUGAAGACCUCCUCAAGGACAAACACCAACACUUGUAACGUACCCUCAAUCAAAGUCGUGGAUUAAUUACAUAACUAGCUUUGUCACCAUGCAGGAUUUACUUACUUACUAUGCAACAACUUUUAAUAUGUAUCUUAAAAUCAUGUACGAGUUUUCCUUCCUUUUGCGAGAGGCAAAGGGAACUUGAGCAAUUAUUCCCCAGAAAUGAACUCACUGACAUUUGCCGUCCGAUCCGCACGUAAAUUAUCAGCUCGGUUUUUAUUUUAUUUUUUUAAUUCAAGUUGACCGAUUAUUCAGGAAAAAGCGCACAAAUAAAAAACUGUAAUUUUAAUGUUACUUCACAGAACCAAAGCCCUCCUUAUUUGUAAAUGAUUGGGUGCUUUAUUUUGAUCUGGUGCUUUCUUUUUACAAAAUAAAUUAUUUUGGAGCUGUC